AUGUUCCGUUUACUGCUCAUUGCUUCCAUUGCCAUUGCUGGCGCUUUUGCUGUUGGUAACCCCUCGGAUGCCUACGCCGAAACAGUUAAGAGCAAUAGCGAGAUUAAUCUGGAUAACUAUAGAUACGAAUGGCAGACCAGCAAUGGAAUUUCUGCCCAAGAAUCUGGCAUUGGUGGCGACCAUGCCACAGGUGGAUUUUCUUACUACUCGCCAGAGGGUGAACUCGUUCAACUGAACUAUGUGGCCGAUGCCAAUGGCUUCCAGCCAGCGGGCUCCCACGUGCCCACACCACCACCAAUUCCAGCUGCGAUCAUCCGCUCCUUGGAAUACAUCAGAACCCACCCGCAAUACGUUGAGCCCGAAUACCCUCAACAGCGUGUUCAACAACGUGUUCAACAGCGUGCGCCUGUGCGUCAAGGACAGCGUCAGUUCUCGAAGGCUUUUGCUGGUUAA